AUGCAUACGCUUCAGGUCGUCACCGGUCUCCGCCACCGCGACCCCCCGCGCGGACCCAACGCGCGCGCACCUCUCUCCGCCAGCAGAAUCGGAGCCGCUGGCGGCGCUGCGGGCAGCGCGGGGGCGGGUGCUGGGGGGGUGACCGGCGGGGGAGCGGGGGCGGGGCUGGGGAGAACGAGGCUGGUGGGGGAGGUUUCGGGGGGGGCGGCGGUGGUUCCUGGCGCGGACGGGCCCAGGGGGCACUCCGCGCGCGCAGCGCUGGAAGAGGCGGGAAUGCGGUCAGGCCUUCUGGUGAAAUUCAAGUUUGAAACGCUGUGCCGCGCAGCGGAUCUGCUUAUAACGGAGCUGACGGCGGGGUUGGGCGAGGACAGCAGUAGCUUCAUGCUGGGAGGGCCGAUUAAUCUGCACAAGGUGGUGUAUAGCGCGGAGGUGGCGGACGGUGUGCGGGUGGUUGCGGCGCCCGUGGGGGCCACGGGCACGGAUAUUGCCGAGUCCAUGAACCCUCUCAAGAACCAAGGCCUGACUCGCUUCGCCUCGAAUGGCAUUCCCCUGCAUCAGCGCGCCAAGGGCACGGCUCUCGGCCUCUCCCUAGCCAGCUCCUCCGCCUCUUUCUCGAUAGCCCAGUUCCUGCAUGGAUGGGGAGUCACUCCUGACGCUGCAGAGGGUGGCGAUGCUAGCGCAGGUCUCUGCUCAUCUUCUAUGGUUCAACUCGCGCUUCAGCCUCAGGAUAAUGUGCUCCUCUCCUUCUCGGCUCUCCGGCGGGUGUGGCCUGCUCCCCCGCUCCCGUCUGCUCCUGGCCUGCAUUGGUCCGAGCUCGGCCCGAUGGUGCUCCCGAGGCUGCUGCCGUGGUUCGGCGGGAGGUCCGGCGGCGUGGUUGUGGGGAAGGAGGAUCCUACCCGGGCUGCUCCGGCGGGAGUGGAUGAGUAUUCUGGGAGUGAAGGGAGGGAGCUGUGGCUGCCACCGCCAAUGGAUCCUACUAUUGUUCAAUCAGUGGCAGUGGCAGGGGCUGUGAGGCUGAAUGCGAGGACGACUAUUGCUGCAUGGGCACAGGCGGAAGGUGGGGAGUGGGUUCCUGAGGAGGCUCAGAAGCGAUUGCAGUGGUCUCUUUCCCUGCUGCGGCAAGGGAAGGGCGAGGCCGGGGAGGAGGAGGAGGUAGAGGAGGAGAGCGGGGAGGCUGGAGAGGAGGAGGAGAAGCAGGAGGUGCGACGGGGGGGAGCAGCAGCAGCAGCAGCAACAGCAGCGCCGGUGUCAGGAACUGGGAGUGGAGAUGCGAGCGGGGAGCCAAAGAAGCAGACAACAAAGAAGAAUAAGAAGGCAGGCUGGGGCGUGUGGAAAACGCUAGACAAGGCCGGAUACGGCCUGUGCUUGGGGAUCAUGCAACCAGACGCGGUUACAGCAGCAGCAGGGCCAAGCUCGAGCGGCAGCGGUAGCGGCGGCAUGGGAGCGGUAGCAGGCGGAGGAGGAGGGGGUGGGGAGGGGAACGGGGGAAUGGGGCAUGGAGGGUUGCUACCUGGGCAGCUUCAGGCAGAGGCGUUUGCGAGGGUGACGUGUGGGCAGGGAGUGGUGCUGCAGCCGGGGAUAGUCGUUGCGAUGAAUGAGCACUCAGGGUGCCACCCGGCCCUCAUGCUCCGCACCUCGUGGUCUCUCUGA